CCAAUGUUGGUGUGGACACUCCCCCAUGUUGGCUCCAACACGCCCUCUGUCAAAAGCCAAGAGAAGUGGAGUCCUGUGAAGACUGUGUAAGUUAGCCGCCAAGGUGGAGAGGCUGUCUGUGGGAGGUAUUUAGUGAAGGCUCCCUGAAACACAGUAGCCCCACUUGGACCAACAGCAUGGGGGCUGUUGUCUCUCGGUGGAGGACUAAACCGUCCACUGUGGAGGUUUUGGAAGGAAUUGAUAAGGAUAUACAGACUCUUGAGGAAUAUAGUGAAAAGUAUCAAAGGCAGCUGAAGAUAUGGGUCGGGCGACUUCUUUUUUACUCUUCUCUUCUCUACCUGAUCACAAGUGCAGUUGUGUAUUUGUGGUACCUCCCGGAACAGCUGAUGGGACAGCUCAUAUUGGCUCUUCCCUUUAUAGUAUUUCCAUUAUUAGUUUGGUUACUUCGAAAAAUGCUCAUUGUUCUUUUUUCUCGGAGGACUGAAAAAAACAAUGAAAAAUUAGAGGAGCUCAAAGCACAAAAAAGAAAAAUACUUGAAGAAGUUAUGGAGACUGAGACCUAUAAAAAUGCUAAAAUGAUUUUGGAGAGAUUUGACCCUGAUUCCAAGAAAAAAGUCGAGCUGGAAGCCACUGUACUUGGACCUCAAAUGACUCCAAAACCAGGACAAGAAAUCCGCCAGCGUAAUGUCAUCUCAAAGACUCCCCCAGUGGCGGUGAAUCCAGCGAGCAGCGCUGCAGCCCGUCCCCCUCUUGCCUCGGGGCCCACCUACCCCGGACGCUCUCCCCACUCUGCUCCAGGUGGACCCCCAGAGAGGAGCCUGUCGGCUGUAGCUGCUCAGCAGAGCUUGAUGAGGAAGCCUGUGACCCCUGGCACACCUGUUCCAGGAGUCGGGAUGCACCCCCCAGGCCCGCCCCUGGCCAGACCUGUGCUCCCACGGGAGAGAGGUGCUAUGGACAGGGUCAUUGAGUAUCUUGUUGGAGAUGGCCCCCAGAACAGAUAUGCUCUCAUAUGCCAGCAGUGUCUGUCCCAUAACGGCAUGGCAUUAAAAGAGGAAUUUGAAUAUGUUGCCUUCCGAUGUGCAUACUGUUAUUUCCUGAACCCUGCGAGAAAGACCAGGCCUCAGGCUCCUCGGCUGCCUGAGAUCAUUGGUGAGCGGAAGAUGUCACCUGAAGCACCCUUACCAUCAUCUGGUCCUGACGCAGAUAAGCAGCCUGGGUUAGGCCAAAACAAGCUCACUGAAGCCCCUGCUGAAGCAGAGGCAGCUGCCCAAGAGCCGGAAACUCCAACCACAGACGGCAGCCACGAAUCUGACGAGCAAAGCACACCGGAGUCCCGGGAUGUCCCUUCUGAGAAAUCUGAUGCAGAGCAAGAUUUGUCUGCCAUGGAAGUGGAAUAGAAAGCGAUGUACUUCAUCCUGCUGGAGCUUUACUGUCUUUCUCUGAGGAAACAUGAUAAUAGUUAACUCAUAAGUAAAUGACGUAAGUUGGAACAAGGCAUCAACAAAGCCGAUAGUUAACCUCAUUUUCAACUUACAGAAAGUCUUUUCUUUUCAGAAUUGCUUUUGUAGUUCUAGCAAUAAAGAUGAAUUUAUUAAUUAAAUGCAUAGUACUAGCAGUUGUUAGCAACAGCCAAACAAACCCCAUUUUUCAACUUUGUUUACAUGUCCAGCCCAUUGUCAUAAGCGAGAGCAAGGAGAUGUCUAAUUUCAUGUCAAUUGCAUUUCUUUUCUUUUUUGUCUCUAUGAUGUUUUAGCAUAGGAGAAGUAUUUCAGUUUCAUAUUUCCACAUUUUUUUCUUUGUUUCUGGUUUCUUGACUGAAUGUAUAACAUUAUUCUGUCCAGGUUAUAUACUGCAAAAAGCAUCCUGUUUGUGGGAAGUGAUAUUUCUAUUUAUGGGAAAUAAUAUUUAUAGAUAUUUUUCUAUAAUGCUGUGCCUUUCAUGACAGUAUUUGAGAAGGUUUGGUACUUUAACACAGUGGAGCUAACGUUUACACAACCAUGGUACCAUUAUAGAGGUGCACGUUUGUAUUUAUUGCUGAAAAGGAGAAAAAGAGAUUUAUGUCAGUACUUUGUGCCUUUUAUAUUUUAAGGCUAUGACACACAUACAACAUUUUGAAACAAUAUGGAUGGGAAGUUGCAGCCAACCCUGUUUUUAUGUCCCUCUCUUACAUUUGCUCCCUAAUCCACUGUUGCCCCGCCAGUGCAAAUCAUCCCAUCUCCACUGCUUCAAAAUAUUGCCAGUGUGUCAUAUAUAUUUAUAAAUGUAUAGACAAUAAAGUCAUUGAACUGUUUUCAGUUUACGCAACGGUAUCUGUGUGCUGAAUGUGUAAAUGCCAAUUUUGUCUAAAUAAUAUUUAAUAAACUUUUGAGAACAUUAAUGUGUA